CAAAUUAAUUUUACAAAUAUUAACCCGGUUCCACAUUUAUUGCGGGUUUCCACGGAUAUCGCUCAUUUUGCUAAGCUACGCUAUCUAUUUAAUUAUUGUACUGCUUUACUGUUAACUUGUGAUGUCGAAAUUGGAGGAAGACAAAGGUAUUGUUUACUGCAAUCGCGUGCGCCUCGGGAAUUGGUACGAAGCUUCUAAACUUGAAGAAUAUAAAUUAAAUAUGUUCCUUGAACAAAUGAAAAAGGGUGAUUUGAUGUUGGCCAGAUUUAGGAAGAUGAGCGACAAUCUGAACAAGCCAACGGUAUUGACUCCCUCGUCAGGUUCUACCAGCUUCGGUGCCAAGAUUGCUCUGCUAGCACCUUACGUGCCAGCAUCGGAUCCACCAUCUGAGGAUAAAAAAGGUUUACUUCUAGGCGGUCGUAUAUCAUCAAACGAGAUCGUCUACUCGCAAGAUUUAGAAGACGGCUGCUCUAUAGUUGGUCUUGCAGAGCUAGAGCCUGCUCAGAAAAACACUUUCGUAAUAAAAAGCGCUGACUAUUGCGACCGUGAGGGCGAAACACUGAAAUACAACCAAGAAUUUCUACUCUCACUUUCUUCUUCUAUUGAAAAGAAUAAGCCACUUUACGUAAGAUAUGAUCCGAACCCUAUACCCGGGCUGAACGGCAUGUUCCCACUCGUUCUCAGCAAACAUCCCGUGUCAAACACUAGAUGGCGCAUCCUGCCUGUUCAGGGACCGAAUACUACGAGAUUCGAGCAGGAGGGAAAACCUGUGAACGUGAACACGGAUAUUGUAGUUAACCAUUGUGCCACAAAUGUGAAUUUAGGCAUUAACGUAGGAUGCUGGUCUAUGGGAUUUUAUGGAAAAGUGUGUGCCCCACUGAUGAAGACAUGCUUAGAUGUUUAUGGAAAAGAAUUACCAAAUAAUGUGUGGCAAAUAUACCUACCUAUAGCUAGUUAG